AUGUCACAGAUGAACCUCAACAACGUCGCGCGACUGCUUGCGAGCAGAAGCGACAGCAUGCUCGACCGACUCAUUCGGGUCAUGUCCACAUCGGCAGGAAGAGACAAGACUCUCUGCACACUUCAAUACCUCCUCAUCAUCGUCUACACCCAGCUCUCCCGCCUCCAAGGUCUACGAUACCGCCGUCUCCUCCUUUCCGUCUCGCGCAAACUCGGUGCCGUCAUGCUACCCGGAGAAACAGUCGUUGCGACUUUGUCACCUCCCGAUGAUAAACUCAGCCAUGUUAUUGCAGGCAGCAAGGCUUUGUCAGAGUUGAUCAGCGAUUUCAGAUGCUUCACGCGUGUCUUUGUCGAGACGCUGGAUCUGUAUACCUGGGGCAAGAGCACGUGGAACAGUCCGCCCAAGGAUGGCCUUAUCAAGACUGCCGUAUGGGGUCAGAUCUGGACAAUCACCUUGUACCAGUGGUAUGAGAAUGUGGCAUAUCUGGCGUCAAAGGGUGUGCUUCGUGGCGAGUGCUUCAACACAAAGCAGCAGAAUAAGUGGUGGGUGUGGAGCUCGCGCUAUUGGAUGGCAUAUAUUGCACUGGAAGCUGUGCGACUUGCUCGUGUGUGGCAGCUCAAGCCCACCGUCACAUCGUCUGACGAUAGCGCUGCCACAAAGGCGGAGACACAAGCAGCUGAGGCCUUGUGGAAGAGGCAGAUGACUGUCAAUUUGGCUUGGGCGCCGGUUUCAUACCAUUACAGCUUGGAGUCUGGUGCUCUGAGCAACGACUGGCUGGGUGUUCUCGGCUUGAUCGCUGGUGCCACUGGCUUCCGCAAUCUUUGGAAGCAAGCCGGUGAAGCCUAG